AUGGGUUUUAAUUUCUCAAUAUGCGGCCUGGUGUGCAUUUUGAUGACAUAUGCGGCCGUAUUUUACUCGGAUUAUGUUGUGCUUUUUCAGCUGAUAGUCCCUGUUUUUAAUUAUGGGUGCGUUCUUUGUUUUCUACUUUUCCCGUCUAACUUGUUUGCUUUUUGUUUUUACAGCCUUGUCACGAUUGUUGUGGCUGUUUAUUACAAUGUGGUGGUGACUCUCCUUGUUAUUUCUCAUGUUCGAGCCGUUUUCACAGAUCCUGGCAUCAUCCCACUUCCCUCGCGUCGGCAUAGCCCGGAGACUCUUCUCACUCUUAAACGCAAUGUAAAUAUUCCCUAUACCCUGGCGGAUGGACAAUCUGCAGAAAAUGUUCAACUCUUCGGCCUCCAAGAGCGCACCACUGUAGCGUUUGCAACAGAUGCAUACGAAAAAUGGAUCAUCACUGUCCAUGGUAACGUCUUAGCGGUUAACAACUGCGUCGGGGAGGAUAAUCAGCGUUACUUCUUGCUCUUUCUAAUUUACGUCGGUUUCUGCUGUGCCAGCUGCCUCGUAAUCAUCGCGUUCUGCUGGGCACUUGACUCGGGGAAUCGCGAGACAUCAGUUUACCGACAGAUUCGCAUAAUUCACUCCGUAAUCCUGGUGAUUAUCUCUUGUCUUUUCGGUCUCUUCGUAUUUGCAAUUUUCUCCGAUCAGCUCUCCGCGAUAUUCAACGAUGAAACAGCCGUGGAACACGUUCAACGCGUUAAUCCACGCGGCGGUGGCGGUCAUUCGACGUUCGACGACGUGGAAUCCGGCGGACACCGCAAGCUAACCAAACUCGAGCUCCUUCGAGACGUCUGUGGUCCAGGUCCGAUGUGGUUGUGGCCGGUGCCGUGCCUACACGCUCGCAGACACCGUCCUCUCAAUUGGUCUGUGGACAGCGCGGACUUGCUUGGUCUCAAGUCUGCCAACGUCUGUCUGACAGACAGUUCCGCGAACCUUCCCCUCCUUGGUACCACUCACGACGACGACAACACCGACUCGCCUCCCUCCACCUCUAACACCGCCUUCAGCCACACCGAAGUCAAACGUGUCAACUCCCUAACCGCUAGUAUUUAA